CCUACCACCUUUCUUCUCUCCCUCUCUAUAUAUCCCCUUUACCUUCCUUCAUUUCACCAUUUCCACUUGAACCUCAAAAUGAAGGCACUUCUUGCAACAUUGCUUCUUAUCACUCUGGUUCUUGGCUCUUCAUCUUUUGUUCACACCACUCUGGCUUUUUCAGGUUUUUGCAGCUCAAAGUGCCAAGGAAGAUGUGCAAAGGCUGGAGUUUUGGACAGGUGCUUGAAGUACUGUGGGAUAUGCUGUGAAGAGUGCAAGUGUGUGCCUUCUGGGACUUUUGGGAACAAACAUGAGUGCCCUUGUUACAGGGACAAGAAGAACACAAAGGGCAAGCCAAAAUGCCCUUAAGUUAAAGCAGAUCAGAGUUUUGGUCUGCCAUGUCUCUUAACUCUUGGUUCUUGCUACUAAACCAUGGGGUUUACCAAUAAAUUUUAGGCUCUACUUAUGGAGGGUUGAUAUAUUAAUUAACAAUUAGUGAAUGGGUUUCAGUGCUUAUGUCUUAUUCUAUGUUGUAAUAGCCUCCUAGUCUUCAGUGAUUCAAUAAUGUACUCAUUUUUAUUAUUUUU